UUAAUACUCAUUAAAAUUGAACUAUUGCUCAUUAACAGUACACAAAUGCUCAAAUAGCAGAUCUCGCGAUUUUCAUAUUAUAUUACAAAAAUGUCAACGGCCGUACGGUGCUUACCGUACACCCGGCUGUACGGUGGACGGACUCACCUACUCGACGCUAAAGAAGCACCCCAACCGUCAAAACAAAGCAAAACAACAACCUUAUCUCGGUCACAUGAGCCGGAAACAAACCUCGGGACAAAGCCCGGAAAAGAAAAACAAAAACGAAAUCAACUAAUGGAUACCAGAGGAGAAGACCUGCCCACGCGAUUCACCAUGCCUGCCGAUCCAAAACCAACCUUAGCCGCCGCUCAAGAUUGCCACCGGUGCUUAGUGUUUGCAAACAAAUUUAAUUCCAAUUAAAAAGCGUUUCCUGCAACAGUGCAAGUGCAUGGCUCCCGAUUUGAUCAUAACUUAAAGUGGGAUAGAUCACCGAUGACUAAAUGUAAGCGCUAGCCACCAGCAGUUUUAUAAGUUGAGAUUUAUUUAUUUUGCAUUCACGAACUUCAUAAAAAUAAUUCUUACUUUUGGCAAGUAAUUCAAUAAUAACUUCUAC